GUUCCAUGGAUGCCCGCCGACCACCUCCCAUUACCCGCCGAGAUAAUGACCCCGUACGCGCGACUCGACUCAUUGUCUGGGCAGACUACUUCCUCAAAUCAGAGGACCGCGUGGAGCGCUACCUCCGACCUGAGCUCGAAGCCGGAAACGUGUCUUUACGCGACUUUGAGCAUGCAAAAGGUUUCCUCACCAGCAAUCAUCGGAGCUACCCCUUUUUCGGCGGCUUCCUAGCCGCUCUCGGAGUGUCGACGUACGGCAGAUAUCGCGCUAAAUGGUCCUUUGGGCGAAUGGCCGGUGCUGCUAUAGGUGCAGGCUUCUUCGGUUCCGUUCUAGGGCGAUCUCUACACGCGAAAGCUUUGUUUGAUUUCUCUCGCUCGUUAGAAGAUCCGGAAGGAUUCACUCGAGCACUCGAGAACGCAUACAAAGUACAGACGGAGCAUACCCGGAUUAUGUCUACCAGAGCGAACGUGGAUACCGGCGAGGACUGCGACCUGAAUCCCCAGGAUGGUCCUUCAAGCGACUUCGAACGUCGCCGCCUGGAAAAUCCUUCUCUCCCGAAUGAUCAGAAUCGGACCGCGGCUGGUUCGGGGGGCGAUACGGGUCGCCCUACAAUGACCUCGCGUUGGGAGCAAAUACGCGCGGCGAACGCACGAAAUGCCGCGCAAGGGUCUACUUGGGAAGCCAUCCGUCAGACGUCCGGAAAGGCUGCAAUUACAGCUCGAUCGGCACCUUCAGAUCCCGGCAACGGGCCGACAAGUGCAAACGUUGGAAGUGGAGAUGAUGGGGUGAACAUCGAUCAGCCCAUAUCUCAAGCCGACUUUGAGGCGAUGCUAGAGGCAGAGCGCAUCAUCGCGAAGGCUGAAAAUGACGACCCCACUCCUACCUGGAAGUGAUCCAUCCCUUUCCGCGCCAGUCCGAGUUGCGUGCUAUAAUGUAUUUUAGGUCAUGUCCUACGACUGGUGCACCCGAACACAGGAGAUCGUUGGAGCCGUGCAUCUAUCUUGUACCGCAACAACGUGCAGUGAGCGCAUUAGUACGUAUCAGCAUGAGCGUAGUACUCUACGUGCUGGAUCACCCGAAGCCCCGACUGGUUUGGUGUUAGUCUCACAGAUGCUUGGACUACGCGUUCAUAUGACUUUCACGUCACAAACAAGUACGUACUUCGCGUUGCCCAGUGCCGAAU